CGACACCUGAAUCACCGGCGACUCCAAACACAUGAAGAAGAGCCAAGAGUAAGCGAAGAAGAGGAGGAGGAACGGAGGUUUCCCCUUAAAAAAAGAGGGAAGAAUUAGAAACAGAGGAACCGAAGAAGGAGAGGAGAGCGGGGGCAGCGGCAGCAGGCUGGCCGGAACACGGAGCUCUUCAGCGGGGAAGAAAUCACCGCCACGACCGUCACAGCUCAUCACAGCUCUGGGAUGACAAAGUCCCAGUGAAGCGGAGAGAGAGAUGUCGCAGAAGAAGAUUUUCCUGGUCUUCGUCGCCAUCAGCACCGUCAGUCUCCUGCUGCACCAUGGGGGCCACUUGAGCUGGACCAUGGAAGCCUUCCACAUCGGUUGUCCUGCCCUUCGUUCCCACCCUGCCCCAGGCCUUAAACCAAAGCACACCAAUGUGGUCUUCCUCAAGACCCACAAAACGGCCAGCACCACCAUGCAGAACCUGCUCUUCCGCUUCGCAGAGCGCAACAACCUCACGGCGGCGCUGCCCGUGCAGGCCUGCUCCCACCAGUUCUGCUACCCGCGCUCCUUCACCUCCCACUUUGUCCACCCGCACACGCUACCGCCGAACAUCAUCACCAGCCACAUGCGCUUCAACAAGGCUGAGCUGCAGCGGCUGAUGCCCAAUGACACAAUCUAUAUCACGAUCCUGAGAGAGCCGGGAUCCAUGUUCGAGUCUUUGUUCAGUUACUACAACCAGUACUGUCAGAGCUUCAAGAGGGUUCCCAACGGAUCCCUUGAGGCUUUCUUGGAGGAGCCCUGGAAAUACUACCGACCGGAUGAGAAGGACUCCAUGUACGCACGCAACACCUUGACCUUCGACUUGGGCGGAGACAAGGACCGCCCAGCGAAAGAUGAGGCGUAUGCGCGGGGCUUUGUGGCAGAGGUGGACAGAGUCUUCUCCCUGGUGAUGAUUGCUGAGUACUUUGACGAGUCGCUGGUUCUCCUACGACAUCUCCUCUCUUGGGAUCUGGAUGAUAUUCUGUAUGUUAAACUCAACAUGCGGACGCCAAGCUCAAAGCGGAGCCUGACGCCGGGCCUUCCUUCAAAGAUCCGUGCCUGGAACUCCUUAGAUGCACGUCUGUACGACCACUUCAACGCCUCAUUGUGGCGCCAACUAUCGGCUCUGGGUCCAGCUUGUGUGGCGAGGGAGGUGCGACUCCUCCGGCAGGCUCAGGAGAGGUUAAUGAGAAGCUGCUUCGGAGGGCGCAUGCCGCUUCUCCGAUCGGCAGCACAGAUCAAAAACAAGGAUCUCCGCCCUUGGCAGCCUAGUGGGAAAGUUGACAUUGUUGGCUACGACCUCCCGGUAAAUCUCAGCCGUGGGUUCUCGAGUCAAGCCCAGGAGCUUUGCCUCAAGCUCAUCAUGCCAGAGGUCCAGUACACACGGGUGCUUCUACGUUCCCAAUCACUGCGCUACCGUCGAGGCUACCAGCUCCGGCCUCAGCAGCAGACACAUCCCAUCCAGCAGCCCAUGCGCACAGUCCUGCCUCGGCAUCCUCAAGUGCAACGCAGUCAAGCCCCCGGCCCUGCAUCAGGGACUCGGUCCACCUCCACCUCAAAGCCCGCUGCAGGAACUCAAGGCCGGACCACAAAGAUAGGGUCUCGAUCGGCACAGACCCAGGCCUCGCAGACUGAAAAAUAGAGACUGGAAUAUAGUGCCCAACAGACUGCAUUGUCCUACCCAUCCUGAAGCUUGAGACAAUGGGACCUGGUUGGUGGGGUUGUUGGAAAAAGUCUGUGUUGCUCUUGAGUCAAUGUCUCUCCUGUCCCGUACAGACAGAGUUUGGGAUAACAAUAACUGAGGGACAUCAGAGGAAAAGGGGGUUAGACAUAUCUGGACUUGAACUUGAAUAUGUGCCCUCUCUGGUCUGUGAAACAGUCUUAGGACUUGAGGGCAGGAGGAAUCUACUAAAGGACCUGGCUCACUUCUACGCCAAGUUUUUUUAGGUGAAAGUGGUUAUUUGAAGCAAAAUCUGUUAUGUGCGACUGGGACUCAAUAGGGAAGUGGCGAUAUCGGGGCCUAUUGUGAGGCACAGAGUAGGCGUUGUGUGUAUCACACUGGUAAAGCAUCAUGUUACUUGCUUUCAUUCCUUGCUCUCUCCUCCUAACAUAUGCCACUUAAAGUCCUUGAGAGAGCCAUAAUGACAUAAUGGGAUCCGCUGUCAGGCGUCCAAAGAGCCUUUUAAGAGGCCAGACAGUCAUCGAGAUCAGCUCCAACCGUUAAUACAACAGCACAAUCAACAACUCUUCUUCUUCUUCUCUUACAAACUUUAGACGCUAAGGCAAAGGAGGGAGGGGAGUUAAAAAGAUUACAGAAGAUAUGCGUGAAGACUGGAUCCAUUACAGAGACUGAACGAACAGUCUCUUCGGCCUUUGACCUCAUAGGCUUCCUCUACGCAUCCUCCUCCUGCUCUCAUCCCUGCUGCUAGCCUCUGGUUGGGCAGAACCUCCAGAGAGUUGCGUGAACAUAUUUUGUUUUUCUUCUUCUUUGAUUGAUCUCUCCCUCGGACCUCCAGCUGCGAUCACAUCAUAGAGCCUAUCUAGGUUUCUGGAUGUGGGGGUUUUGUUUUUAAUCUUGGCCGUUAUAGCAAUAAGAUCUCUGUGCCUGCGCCACGAACGAAAGGCAUGGAUUUAAUAACAUACCAGCAACCCCGCACAGUACAAACAAAAUCAACUGGACAGGACAAAGACUUGAAGCCUGUGGGUCGCAGUGUUUGAAUAUUUAAUCGUCCCCUCUCAUGGCCUUCCUAUGGCAUAUGUUCUUGGGUUACACGGCUGUACAUUUUCAUUUAGAAUACAAGGACCAAAAUCAUUGUGAACUCGGAAACGCAGGAGGCGAGAAAGCAUCGAUGUAGGGUGUUUAAAGCCUCUUAAGGCUGGUGGGCCGGCUGGUUUGGCUGUGAUCUUCAAAUGUCCUCACUUAUCUCGGCUUUGAUCCGUUUUUUAAUCCAUUCUGCUCAUAUUUUAAUGUGUCAUUCAAUUUCUUUUACUCCUCAUAUGGUCACACUGCUAAGUAGCUGGGAGGCUGAGGGAAGAUGUCUGUGUGUAUGUUCUGUGAGUGUGUGAAAGUGUGUGUGUGUGUGUGUAAGACAAGAAGCAGCUUUCUCUGCUUCAUGUUGUAUUUUGUUCCCAAGGCCAGCCAAGUUGGCAUGGCAACAAAAGGAAACCAUUUAUGUGACAUUUGUGAAAACUAUGUGUUAUUUAUUAUCGGGAUUGAAAGAGUCCCAUUACUGUAUUUUUAACUGUUAUUUUUCACGAGUCACUGGAUAAAAAACCUCUGUAUGUCGGUCUUUUCCCUUCAGGCAGCUGACGUGGAACAAGGCAUGUGGCAAUGAUAUAAAAUAUACAUGUUUUACAUAAUGCAAAACUACAAAGACCACUCCCGGAAAACCACACAUUGAAACAGGUGUUGUCGCUUUAAAAUGAAUUUUUCAUUCAGCAGUGCUUAAGUGCUCAACCACACAAAGCUUCUGUGGUGUGAGUGUGUCGUACUGUAGGUUACAAUAAUGAAAAAGAAAAACCACUGCUGCUCUGACAGGAAUAAAAAAUGGAGCGGUUGGAAAACAAACCGGAGUCGAGGAUAAACAGUUUUAUGAAGUGGCUGUGAAUAUUUA